UUUGGAUCUUGUCCAAAUCCAGGAAUUGUAAAAAAAAAUUUAAACACAAGACACAAUUGUAGAUUAUUGCCCCUUUACCUGUUGUAGGGAGUGUACAAUUAGCUGUAACAGAUGCUUACGCUCGCAGAUUAAGUGCCUUCCAAUCCCGUAAAAGCAUUUCAAACAGUUUCAAAAAAUUGUCUUUGGCUAGCCUUUACAGGAUCAUCCAGCGAUCUCUACAGAUGUCCAAAGAUCAGCGGAGGAAUAAUGAGGGAUUUCAGUGGGAAGUGCUACCGAUUUGUUCCCACUGACAAAACGUGGAAUGAAGCACAGGUCGAUUGUCACAGGCGGGGAGGUAAUCUUGUUCACAUCAAGAAUCGAUCAACACAGAACUUCAUCUACAACACUGUCAAACACGAUCUCGGUUGGAAGGUGAACGGGAUGUGGAUUGGUGCGCAUGACAGGACGGAGUCAAAUAAUUAUGAGUGGGUUAAUGGUGAUCGACAAACCCGAGGGACACCUCUGACGUGGAGCUUUUGGGCUUCCGGUCAGCCAUCUUGUAGUUUUUUGGGUUGUUUUGAACUUUGUGGUCAAAUGCGAUUAGACGAUGGUGGACGUUGGCACGAUUAUCGAUGUGGACCAGGUUUCAGUACUUACCACUACUGCUGUAUGUAUGAUAUGGGACCUGCGACAACGACAACGACAACGACAACAACAACAGCACCUUUAACAACAACAGCACCUUUAACAACAACCAGGAUGAACACAACAGUUGUUACAAAUUCAACGAUGUUGAUGGAAACUACGAUGAAAGCAAACGCACCAACAAAACCUCAAAACGACACAACAGGAAGAGAAAGUACAACAGGGAAAUCUUCUGAAAUCUCAAGAAAUGUUCCACAACCACGUAGCAAUUCUUUAGUAGGAACGGAAGGGAGCACAGGUUCAGCACCACUGAUCGGAGGGCUCAUCGCAGGGGCGGUUGUGUUAAGUCUCUUACUCCUUCUUGUGUUUCUGUACCAGCGCAGAAGACGUGCAGGGACAGAAAACCCAAUCCCGAACAUUCAUUUCUCCAAUGAUGCGUAUGGUGCAGGUGGUGAAAGACAACCAGUUGAUCGGCCGUCUGCCGCCGCUCAUAUCAAUCAAACUUUAGAGGCCAGUAACGGCUCAGGAGCUGCGGAAAGACUACCGGAUGUGACGCACCGGAAGGAACGAGAACAGAACGGAUUAAACGGGGCUUGCGUAAAGGACAGUGGGGAAUGGAGGGAUUCGCAAAACCCAUACAACACAAUUCCAUUUGACGAAGACUGUGGGGCUGAGAAAUCUGCAGUUUCUGCUCCUGAGUAUUUACACGCAAAAGCAUUGCGAAGACAGGAUAAAGGCAUGAACUUGGACAGCUUGCAGAGGCCGCGAUCCACCGAGGAGAACGAGUCGGCGUGGGAAGAUGCAGAAUCAGGCCUUCAUCAACCCACCUGGGAAGCUUCCGGAAAACAACUUGACGGAUAUCUAUCACCGUCUCAGAUUGCAAGGCCCGUUUCCGGAGUAUCUUCCAAUGAGAACAUGACCUACCCUGCUUCUGGAACAACGCCACAGGCAUCGGGUAAUGAUACUCUAGCUGUCCUUCCGUCUUCCGAAAGGGAGCGAAAUAACGCGGGAACUCUUUUUGGUAUAGAUACGUUGUCAGCAAAUCGUCACAAUCAUGAGAACCUUUACCAGCCGAUGUUUGGGUCGGACACAUAACUUGAGAUCACGAGACAGACACAGUAAUAAAUGGGAACACUGUAAGCUAAUUGAGGAGAUUUAACAGUAGAAAAUAAGCUCAAAGCAGAUUAGGAAAGCCGGGCUUAUGUGCUUGGCCCUGUUGCACAAAGGGAUCAUAGCUACGCUCUAUUGUAAGUUUUACUUGAGUUUACUAUUGUAGAAAUAAGUUUCGUUGCUAACUUUUUGGACUUAUGAUCGCUGUCGUAUGUCAGAUUUUGACAUUAUGGUGGACUGUGAAAAUGAAAAGUUUGCCGGUCGAUAAUUUUUUCUUGCCUUCAUGUUAAAAAAAGUUCUACAUCACAUGAAUAGCAAAUUUUCCUGCAAACGGAGUAGUAAACUGCUACAUAUAGAAGGCUACUAAACGUUACGAUAAUUCUGGGGCGAUUGUAAAUGUUUUCAUCCGGGUCGACUCGAUUGUAAUGUUUUUUUUUUUAUUUUAUAAAUUACCACUGUUAUAGAUACAAUCCUUUCGUGCAAGAGGGUGUCGAUUGAAAGUUAAGGUUACGACCGUGAUCUUAGUGAUUUACAAUUAACUUAAACGAUCCCUUUGUGCAAGUGGACCCUGAUCUGUAUUUGGAGAGAUUCUAAGUAUCAUAUACACGUACACUUCAACAUAAAAACGCCAUGAAAUGAAGUGGGCAGAUAUUUGUUUCGUUGACAAAAACAGACUACAGUCUGUCAACUGUGGAAUGUCGUUAAGGCAGUAUAAUUAGUUUAGAAUCUUACAUUUCCACCAUAAGCCGAUCAUGAACACCAAACUCACGGGCUCAUAUCAUUCGACAUCAGCGCCGGUCUUCUUUUUAUAGCGAUCUGACCAAUGAAUUUAGUUGUGUGUAAAAUAACUGAUCAUGCUGAAGUCGGUGACAUUGGUGACUAUGUUAAAAUUUUUAUAUAUUCUAUCUGUUUCUGUAUAAACAGUUGGCUGUAUAUAUGCGCAUCUAAAAGUGAUGAAAAAUUAUAAAUUGGCUUUAAAGAACGAGGUGGUCUCUCAGCAACCUGCGGAUGGACGUGAGUUUCCCCCGGGCUCUGCCCGGUUUCCACCCACCAUAAUGCUGGCCGCCGUCGUAUGAGUGAAAUAUUCUUGAGUACGCCGUAAAACACCGAUCAAAUAAAUAAAUAAGUAAAUUAAAGAACCUAGGACGUUAAGUCUAAGAAUCUGCCCUAGAGAGAUAUGAUAAGAAAGUGCCAAUUUCAAAAUCCAAGUACAAUUCUGUAACUUUCCGAAUUAGUAGUAUAAAACUUUGUCCAAGCGUCAAUAAAAGUUAUAUGGCUAUAGAAGAGACGGUUGCUUGGUAAAAACCCGCCAAAAAGCGCACCCCUGAACAAAAAAGCCAAUUUUCGGUUCAAACAAGGCUAUGUAUUUUUAGUUUACUGAAUGGAAAUCGACUUUAUCCAGAAAAAUAUCUUCACUUAAACUUUCACUUUCGGUUUGGUUAACGUUUAUCCUCACGUAUAAAAUAGAAACUUGUGAUCGGUUUUGUAACAAUUUGGCAAGUUUAAUAUCCGUGUUUCUGACAACUUCUCCAAGGCAUCCUUAACAGUACAGUGAACUAACCAAGUCAAUGUGGGGAACAGUGGUAAACCUAUGGGAAAGUGGUUCACAAUUUUUUCUUUGAAAACAUACUUUUGUGUGAGUGAAGACAUAGGCCAGCUUGUAUUAAACAACUGUUAUCAUAAAUUAGAACUGAUAAUUGUUAAGGUAUGCCAUAAUGUAACAUGUGGCAACUAAAACAGAAAAUCCAGCUUGAGAGCACGUGUGAUCGUCUGUCUUUAACUUGCCUUGCUAUGUGUGAUAUGUAGCGGAAUUAUAAGGCUGAAAGGUACAUUAUGGUAUAUUUAAUUGACUGGUUGUCACCGGCUGAAAAUAUUUU